CCUCACCUCAACCGUGACCUAAUGCUAAUAUCAUGUUUCAGAAAUAUACAUUCUUGUCUCUACCGUUAGCGCUAUGUCGUUAUCAGUCUCGAUAUUCUGCCUUGCCAUUCUCUCUCAGGGUUCUCGAAACAUUGGUAUGAGGUUGGCCACAUAGGGCAGGCCUCCAUAUGAUCGCGCAUUUACAGCAACUUCUCCGAGAAUACAUCCGGAUGUUAACUCUUUCCGACGGAUCUCGGUCUACUGCAAUACUCCACCUUUGCGAAUGCUCCCGCUCUUUGGCUACCUCAAACACCUGAAUGAGGCUUAACGAUGGCCGCGUUGGGACGGCCGACAGCUCCAAAGGCGCAGUAUCCCUCCGCCCUUGCUAUGGCUACCUCGCUGAGGCUUUGAGACUCGGUAUUAAAUCCUGAUAUUCUCAGGGGAGGCUCCUAAUGGUCGCUUUUGUGAACAAGUGGAAAGACAUCGAGUGGUCUGUGCCAUUAUGACGGGCCAAGAUAGCAUACACCUACCAGCUACAGGUCUCCCCCUUACUCCCCCAGCCACCCCAGAAAAGCCCAAUGAACCUCCGCCUACUCAAAGCACACCAUCAGAGGGCACCCAAGCACCUAUCACGAGCGGCAGAGAUGCCGACGGCACCAAGACGUCGGCCCGGCGCCUGGAAGAGCCCCGGACGCCUGUCCGGCGUGGCAGGGAUGCCACAGGAGACACCCAGACGUCCAUACCGAGCAGCAGAGAUACUGCCAACGGCGCUCAAAUACGAGUCGCGAGUGGAGAACACGAUGUAAACGGCACGAAAACGCCAACUCUCAGCGGCAAACAUGCCACUGCCAAUCGCAGCUCCAUUGACGCAUCCAUCAUCAAGCUGAUCAAGGAACCAGCGAGGCUGGAUCACGCCAAAGGCCGCGUCUACGUCCUGUCGGCCGUCCGCAACGGCACCAAGCUCAUCAAGAUCGGCUAUACUACCCAAGACAACGUGGAAGAGCGCAUAAGGCAAAUCAAGGCAAAUUGUCAAGCCCGAGGCGACGACGAAGGCUUCACAUUUUCGGACCAGUCGCCUUACACGAUCCCCGUCAACUCCAAAUCCUACUGUAAACGCAUAGAGCGUCUCGUGCAUGCCGAGCUUCGAAACCACAGGUGCAAGUUUCUCUGCCGCUGUGGAAAGUAUCACCGGGAAUACUUUGCUGUUGACGAGGCCGUGGCCUCUGGCAUUGUGGCGCGCUGGGUCCGGUUCCUCGAGCAGAAGCCGUACGCGGAGGAGCCGUCGAACGCUCAGCUCCUGGCAGAAUGGGACGGCCGUUUAGCUUGGUUCAAACAGAAAUUGGAUGAUGCCAAGACAACACCGGAUGCUGAGGGGGAGUGGCUUGCGAGGUGGCAAGAGUUUGUGGAUGUGCCACUCUGGCACUGGGUUGAGUACGACCUGCGCGAGAUGUGGUCCAAGUUCCGGUGGCAGCUUUGCCUAGUCGUGUUGUGCGUAUGGGACCUCUUGACGGCACCGCGGGGAGUGCCAUGGGUUUAUGUGGUUCUGACUGCACUUGCUCUUCUGAGUAUGUGGGAAUCUCGGUUCUUCCGGCGCUCAAGAUCCUGGCUGGCAAACGGCUUAAAGGUGGUGAAGCGCGCCAUCGCGAUUUUGAUAACACAGGAGGCAGCAGAUCAGGGGGUAAGGAGGAACACGCCUGAGCACACCAUUGCAGAGGCUCGGCUUGAGAGGAGCAGUCCUGGGCGGUUGGUUGAAGACAAGGACUCGGUCGAAGAGGCCCAAACACUGCCACUACUGGGCGAACUGUUUCAAUGGGAUUCAGACGGUAGCAGUGGCGAACACGCGGUCGAAGACCGUAGGGUUAGCAGGAGCGCCCCAGAACUGGAAAAUGAGGAACGUCAAAGUGACUUGGACGAUGCGACCAGACAGUAGCACAACUGUUUGGGGUAUAAGUUGCUUCAAGGAUGUUGUUCAUAGACCCGGGAAAGAGCGAGGGGAGGGUUGGCGGUUCCCGUUCAUCUUUUUUCAAGAAAUACAUACCCUGUCUGCUGUUGUCUUGUACUGUAUCACAACCCUUUCUUUCUCUAAGGCACUUCGUCUCCUCG